AUGGGGCGCUUCAAGUCAUUCCCAGACGAAGGCACGGGCUCGUACGAGAUACCAAGCGCCAUAUGGGUCAAGAUUGCGCAGGAGACUUCAUGGACAGCGGAGAUAUGGGCGUUCUGGUUCAUGUACGUCGCCCCCAUCGUCCUCCGUAAUCGCUUCCAGGACGACAAGUACUACGUUCACAUGUGUGAUCUGAUCACGAUCAUGGACAUCACCCUACAAUUCGAGAUCACCCGCGCCGAGCUCGAGGACCUCCGCGACCGCAUCAUCACAUGGGUAGAGACAUAUGAAGAGUUCUACUAUCAAUACGACGCCACACGCCUACCUGCUUGCCUGCUCGUCGUCCACGGACUACUCCAUAUUGUCGAUGACAUCGUCGAAGCGGGUCCCAUUUGGUCAACGUGGACUUUCUUUAUGGAGCGCUUUUGCGGGCAUCUCAAGCGUGCGCUGCGGUCUCGCACGCAGCCCUGGACCCAUUUGGAUCGUCGUGUCGUCAACAUCGCUCACUACGCCCAUGUGCGUGCCAAAUACGACCUUCCGGAGCUCUCCACGCCACUGCACCCACUGAGCUACCUGCGGCGGCCAUGUAUAGAUACCUACAGUCCCGGGGACGACAUCCGUAGACGUAUUGCAAAAUACAUGGUCAGUAUCAUGGGCCGCGGAACGCGCGCGCAAUUCGUUCAAGCGCUACCUACCAUCAUCCCCGCAUGGGGAAAGGUUCGCAUCGGGGAGGGUGGCGACGCCAUCCGUGCGAUGAUUGGGUCGCGAGCACGCCUUGGCACCCAUGAACGCAACUCGUCCUUCGUGCGGUACGAGACUCUUGAAGUCGACGUUUACGGUCAAGAAACACAGGGUGUUUUCUAUGGCGAACUUCAAGCAAUACUGGAGUGCCCGCUCGACCGUACUCCGAUAUGGGGCGAGUAUGCUGGGACCACGAUGCUUCUCGCCCUUAUACGGCCAUGCAAGACGGACGGCUUGGAUGCGACAGAGUCGGUUACGCUCUACCGGGAGGUCCUCGCAGACAUCGUCGUGGACUUGCAAUCAGUGCAGGCUGUAGUCGGGCGCGUGAAGUCGCGGGAUCAGUGGGGAAUUGUAGACCGGAGCAGAGGCUUAGCACGUACGGUGUUCGAUGCUGAAGACGCCUCAGCACCGCCGGUCGUUGCGGAGGCACAAGAUGCUGGCUACGAUGGCGACAACGAUGAUGAAGACUAG